GAGGUACCUGGAACAGGGAGUGAUGUCAGCUCCCAGCUCACUGCCUUCCCGGAUUCCUGACAUGGUGCGAGAGGGAGAGCGGGUGGGAAAGCCCUGGAAGGAGAAGCAAAAGGAUUAAUGUUUUGCAAACCUGGAGAGGACCAGAGUGCUGAGCUUAUGAACCCCCAGGGGAAGUGAACUGGAACUUCUGCAGCGGUGCUGGUGAUUUUACACCCAGGGCACAGGAGCUACAUAGCAUCGCAGUCUUGGAGCAUGCUUCCUUCCUGUUGAGCAGCAUAGAAUUUUGUUCCUCCUUUCUGACAUCAACACUCCUGCCCCCCAGGGAACCUCCAGCCCUUUCCACUUUUACCUCAGUCAGCUACCUGCCCAAGGUCAGUGUAAAGAGUUUAUGGAUUAACUUAAUCAUCUGCAAGAUCCACAGAACCCUGGCAAAGAUCGGUGUUAAAGUCCUUUUUUUGGAAUAUCCAGGUUGUGACCUCACUCUCCACUUGAGGAACUAGAAAAUGAUGAGCGAUGCCAGCGAUAUGCUGGCAGCUGCUUUGGAGCAGAUGGAUGGUAUCAUAGCAGGUUCUAAGGCCUUGGAAUAUUCCAAUGGGAUUUUUGAUUGUCAGUCUCCAACCUCUCCAUUCAUGGGAAGCUUGCGAGCCUUGCAUCUGGUGGAAGAUCUUCGUGGCUUGUUAGAGAUGAUGGAAACAGAUGAGAAGGAAGGAUUGAGAUGUCAAGUCCCUGACUCAACAGCAGAAACUCUGAUUGAAUGGCUUCAGAGUCAAAUGACUAAUGGACGUAUAUCUGGAAAUGGAGAUGUAUAUCAAGAAAGGCUAGCACGUUUAGAAAAUGAUAAAGAAUCUCUGGUUCUCCAGGUAAGCGUAUUAACAGAUCAGGUGGAAGCUCAGGGAGAAAAGAUUCGUGAUUUGGAGUUUUGUCUUGAAGAGCACAGGGAGAAAUUAAAUGCUACAGAAGAAAUGUUACAGCAGGAACUUCUGAGCAGAACAUCUCUAGAAACUCAGAAAUUGGACCUCAUGGCUGAAGUAUCUAACUUAAAGCUAAAAUUGACUUCCGUAGAGAAGGACAGAUUAGACUAUGAAGAUAGGUUCAGAGACACAGAGGGCCUAAUGCAGGAAAUUAAUGAUUUGAGAUUACGAGUUGGUGAAAUGGACAAUGAGAGACUUCAAUAUGAGAAAAAGCUUAAAUCUACCAAAGAUGAGCUUACAUCUUUAAAAGAACAGCUGGAAGACAAAGAAUCCGAAGUGAAAAGAUUACAAGAAAAACUGGUUUGCAAAAUGAAAGGAGAAGGAAUUGAAGUAAUUGAUAGAGAUGAAAACUGUAAAAAGAAGCUCAAAGAAAAAAAUAUUGAAGUACAGAAAAUGAAAAAAUCUGUGGAGUCCCUGAUGGCAGCAAAUGAGGAAAAGGAUCGAAAAAUUGAAGAUCUUAGACAAUGUUUGAGCAGAUACAAGAAAGUACAGGAUAUGGUGAUACUGUCUCAAGGAAAAAAAGGCAAAGAAGGUGAAUUUGAAGAAUUACCUAGUUCAAUUUCAGCCUUGCUGGAAAUGCAGAGUGUCAGUGAUCUGGAGAAAAGUCCACCUUCUACUCCAGUUACAGGAUCUCCCAGCCAUGAUGUAUUGAACACAAGUGUUCCAGAAGAGCUCCAUAUGAGCAUCUUGCAAGUUUCAAUGCCUUCGUUUUCACCAAUAUCCAAAGACUUGGAAACAUCUGACAAGUCAAAAUCUCCACCCAAACCAGAGACUUCAGCUGACGUGAAUGAUGGAAAAACAAUUCUUGAUGCUGCUUUAGAAGUGCAAAUGUGUGAUAAUCUGUUAUCUUCAACUCUGCACAAAUCCAGCAGUCUGGGCAAUUUGAAGAAAGAAGUGUCUGAAACGGAAAAGGAACCUCUUCAGAAGCCUCCAGAGACAGUACCUCCUGGGCAAAUCAGCAAAUUUGGAAGCCUCCCUCCCAAAGUCCAAGGACCUGGCCCUUCAGCAGGUGACAAUGCCUUUGGCACUCGAAAAGCCCGAUCCUCCUUUGGACGAGGCUUUUUUAAGAUUAAAAACAACAAGAGGACAGCAAGUGCACCAAACCUGGAUCGUAGCCGAAGUGCAAGUGCACCUACGUUAGCUGAAACAGAAAAGGAAACUGCUGAGGACCCAGCUGUGGCUGGCUUACCAUCCCUCGGAAAGGAUGCAGAGUGCACCAGUCCCUUCCAGAUAUCUCCACCUUCUCCAGACUCCAAAAAGAAAUCCAGGAGUAUCAUGAAGCUAUUUGGAAAACUUAGGAGGAGCCAAUCUACCACUUUCAAUCCAGAUGAUAUGUCUGAGCCCGAGUUUAAAAGAGGAGGAACAAGAGCAACUGCGGGGCCCCGUCUCGGUUGGUCUAGAGACCUAGGACAGUCGAACAGUGACUUGGAUAUGCCGUUUGCCAAAUGGACAAAAGAGCAGGUUUGCAAUUGGCUCCUGGACCAAGGAUUAGGUUCAUACAUGAAUUCAGGCAAACACUGGAUUGCAUCUGGGCAAACUCUUUUGCAGGCCUCUCAGCAAGAUCUAGAAAAGGAACUAGGAAUUAAACAUUCACUUCAUCGAAAGAAGCUACAGCUAGCUCUACAAGCCCUGGGAUCUGAAGAGGAAACUAAUCAUGGAAAGCUGGAUUUCAACUGGGUUACCAGGUGGUUGGAUGACAUUGGUCUUCCCCAGUAUAAGACUCAGUUUGAUGAAGGAAGGGUAGAUGGUCGAAUGCUACAUUAUAUGACUGUUGAUGAUUUGUUGUCUUUGAAGGUUGUUAGUGUGCUACACCAUCUUAGUAUCAAAAGAGCCAUCCAGGUGCUAAGGAUAAAUAACUUUGAACCCAACUGUCUACGGAGGCGACCAUCAGAUGAGAAUAAUAUCACUCCCUCAGAAGUUUCUCAAUGGACCAAUCAUCGAGUGAUGGAAUGGCUGCGUUCUGUAGAUCUGGCAGAGUAUGCGCCAAAUUUGAGAGGGAGUGGUGUGCAUGGUGGACUCAUGGUUCUGGAGCCUCGUUUUAAUGUUGAAACAAUGGCUCAGUUGUUAAACAUUCCACCAAAUAAAACACUGUUAAGACGACAUUUGGCCACCCAUUUCAACUUAUUGAUUGGUGUUGAGGCUCAACGUCAGAAGCGUGAGGCAAUGGAGUCACCAGAUUAUGUACUUCUAACAGCUACCGCCAAAGUGAAACCAAAGAAACUCACCUUCAGCAAUUUUGGGAAUCUAAGAAAAAAGAAACAAGAAGAUAUGGAGGAAUAUAUAUGCCCAAUGGAGUUGGGACAGGCAUCAAGAAAUGCAGCCAAGAAAGGAUAUAGUCCUGGUUUGGACAUUCGUCUAUAUGAUGAUGAUGAUUUGGACAGACUAGAACAGAUGGAGGAUUCAGAAGGAACAGUAAGGCAAAUUGGGGCAUUUUCGGAAGGUAUCAACAACUUAACACACAUGUUAAAAGAAGAUGACAUGUUUAAAGACUUUGCCACACGUUCUCCUAGUGCUAGUAUUACGGAUGAAGACUCCAAUGUGUGACAGUGACAGUGAUGGCUGGAUACCCAUUAGGAGUCCUCUUUUCUGUCCUAUUUCAGAAACACAUUCAGGAGAUGUACUGGGCUACAGAUUAUUCUUUCUAUUGUGUUCGCUUCUACUUGUUUAGGAGUGAUAUUUCUUUCAAGGGGGCAAGGGAGGGGGUGGGGCAGGUGCCUAUUCUGAAGUUGCCAUGAACAAUGAAACACUGUUGAGUGGUAGUAUAAUGGUUUUUACUCUAUUUAAUGUACAAUUCUGUGACAUAUUUAAAAUACUGCUUUUUAAAUGAUGUUACCACAUUGUUCCUCUUCACAUUAAUGGAAGACUUUGGAAGAAAAUGAGCUAUUAAGUAAAGUAUUCCAUUUCAUUUACUGUGGCUUUUUUAAACAGAAUUUAAGUGAUCACUGAUAAAUUUCUCAGCAUCAAUAUACAUAAUUCCUUACUAUUAAAUGUGUUCACCUGAACGUCACAGUUAUAUCCUUACAUGCCUUUUUACUAUUUCUGUCUUAUUUUUGUACAUUUUUCUAAGCAUGUAUACACACUUAAAUAUAUUAAAUCAUAGCAAACAGAACUUUUAUUUUACGACAUAGGAAGAUAAUGAAAAGAUUGUUGUUGUUUUUUAAACAAGUAUUGAUUAUCAUUUGUAUAUGUACCAGCUGGUUCCUGGAAAGAUGAGACUUUUUCAACUCGGGACUUUAUCAUCUUACCAAAUGCUUGACAGUGUUGACCAUUGUGACUAAAUUAGUGACAAGUUAAGUUAGUAAAUCUGAAAUCCCCAAGAAUUAUUUUUCUACCAUGUGUUGGAAUAUUAUGCUAUUUAAGAUUUUGACUUCAAAUCCUGGAUUCUUUUACUUAAGAAGAAGAACUUGAGGGCUAUUUUUUAUUCUGCAACUAGAAUAGCUUUUUUUUUUAUUCCAAAGGAUUCAUGUAGAAAGAAUUUUAAAAUUUGGAAAAAAAAAACACUUUAUAGUAUUAAACUCCUUAUUUUCCUUCUAGAAACAUCAUAACCCUACCAGUAGAUUGCCUAGUAUAUUUUAAUUGUAAACCCUUCCUGCCACCAAUGAAUGGAGCUUUUAAAAUAGAUAACUUCCCUAAAGUUUUAUCCCAAAAUAAAGUUCCAUCCAAUCAGUUUAGUAUUCUUAUACUGCAAAAGUAGUUUGUGAUGCCAAUUUUGUGAUGUUAAAUGGAGCCUAAGCUGUUCUAUAGUUCAGUGGUCCUAUGUCCUUUGGAAAGAGAAAACUACAAAUAAAACUAUUACCUACUAUUAUAUUUUUUUGAACCAAUAAUGUAUGUACAUAAAUUGUCAGGCUAAUGAGUACACAUUUACUCCUUUAUUCAGUAAGACAACUUGGGAAGUAGUCCUGCUCAAGAAUUUUAAGGGAGUUCAUAAAUACUAUUAGGAUACAUAAAUUGUAAACUCUAUUUAAAUAUCAGAGACAUAAAUUUUCCAUUUGUCACUAGGAGAUUCUUCCUAGGUCUUGUAGUUUUAGAUUAUUUAUUUAUAACUACAGUGCGUUGAUAAGAAUAUUAUUAUGCUACCUUUAACCCUACCACUCAUUAUCUGAUUAUGGCAUCAGAAACUGUUAUUAAUUUACUGUGUUCAUAUUUUAAUAUAAAUACAAAUGGCCAUGCAUUUUGCUUAUUGGAAAAUUCCUUACCAACUUCUUGUUAUGGCCCUAAAUAAUAAUAUCUGGAGAUAAUAUAAAUGCCAAAUUAGCUCAUUUAGUACAAUCUAGCUAAUAAUUUUAUGACACUGUUUUUAAAAAGAAAAUUAUAAGAGCGUGCACUACUGGGUAUUUCUAUGGAAAAACCAAUAAAAGAGUCAAUUGGAAA